ACAACCAAAGUGAAAGCUCCCCGCAUGACUGAUCCGAGUCAUUACCCGCUAACCAAUUGCCACCUCAACCCCCACCCCGGUCCUUUGGCUUAACACUUAACAACUUCACACGUCCCCCGCACGUUAGCAUUCUCCUGUUCUGUCCUGUCCCGUCCCACCUUUUCCCAUGGCUGCCGAGGCUGAGAAAGAUACCGGCGAUUUCCUGAACCAUAAACCCUAACGACUUUUUAAUAACUUCUCAGCUCAGUUAAGUAAUCAAAAUCAAAUUAAUGUAGCUUCUCUAUGUUUGUUUUUCUCCGCAAUCAAACAGGUUUCUUUUUGUCUUUCGAAACCUUAUUUUUCCUUUUAGGAUUCCUGAGGCACUCUUCUUCUUCUUCUUGUUGAAUUUAAAGCGGAAAAUUUUAUAAAAAGUAGUAGAAAAAAUUUUUAGGAUUGGAUUUGAUGCGUAAAUUUGAGUAGUAAUCUGUCACAUAAUUAGGUUAGGGUAGUAAUGGGGAGCAUAAAGCCCUUGCCAGAGACUGUUCGUAGUAGGGUGCGUUCUGCCAUUAUAUUAUUUGACCUCACUAGAGUUGUGGAGGAGCUCAUUUUCAACAGCCUGGAUGCUGCUGCUUCUAAGGUAUCAGUCUUUGUAAGCGUCGGGAGCAGCUAUGUUAAAGUGGUGGAUGAUGGAUCUGGUAUAUCUCGGGAUGGAUUGGUGUCACUGGGAGAAAGAUAUGUAACAUCAAAGCUUUAUCAUCUGGAUGAUUUGGAUUCUGCCAGCCGGAGCUUUGGCUUUCGGGGAGAAGCUCUAGCUUCUAUAUCUGAUGUAGCUCUGGUGGAAAUAGUAACAAAAGCUUAUGGAAAGCCAAAUGGAUACCGCAAGGUCAUUAAGGGAUCCAAGUGUUUGUAUCUUGGAAUUGAUGAUGAUCGGAAAGACGUGGGUACAACAGUUGUUGUGCGUGAUUUAUUUUACAACCAACCUGUUCGGAAGAAACAUAUGCAAUCCAGCCCUAAGAAGGUGUUACACUCUGUUAAAAAGUGUGUAUUCCGAAUUGCCCUUGUGCACCCCAUGGUUUACUUCAAUGUUAUUGAUAUUGAAAGUGAGGAUGAGCUUCUCAGUACACAUCCUUCCUCUUCUCCUUUGUCACUUUUGAUGAGUGGUUUUGGGAUUGAGGACUCUUCCUGUCUGCAAAAGCUGAAUGCCAAUGAUGGUUCCAUCGAGCUUUCAGGCCUCAUAUCUAGUCCCAGUGGCAGUUUUGCUUUUAAGGCCUUUCAAUAUGUCUAUAUCAAUUCAAGGUUUGUCUGCAAGAGUCCCAUUCAUAAGUUGCUGAACAGCUUGGCUACUAGUUUUGAGUCUUUAGAUCCAGAGAAGGCUAAUAACUGGACCAAGAAAGGAAAAAGGAGUAGAUCUCAAGUGUUUCCAUCCUACAUAGUGAAUGUUACUUGCCCUCCAUCUUUCUAUGAUUUAACUUUUGAACCAUCAAAGACAUAUGUUGAAUUCAAGGAUUGGGAGCCUAUACUUACCUUAAUUGAGAGGGCAAUUCAACACCUCUGGAGGAAAAAUAUUAGUUAUGAUUUUUUUGAUGAAGCACCAUCUGCAGACUUGGAAUUUGCAAUAAGGAACAGGACUAAAAAGUAUCAGCCAUCUUCUCCAUUAGAGAAGCUAACCAUAGAUCCUUUAUCUCUAAUGGACCAUGAAGAUAUUCCAUUUGAGGAGUCCCAUGAGAAUAAUGCACAAUUUGAAGAUCCACAAAAUGAUACGGAAUUUGUUCAUUGGACAGACUAUUCUUUUCAAAGUUGGGACAACUCCGUUGCCAAAGGCACAUCCUUGGUAAACCAAAGGAGUGAUUGUCAUCUUUGGACAUCUGAUAACAAUUUUUUAGCAGAAAAUUACUUCUAUGAAAAUAGAUUCACUGCUUCAGGAAGAUCAAACUGUCAUGUAAACGACAAUAGUAUAAGUUCAAAGUUAGGUAAUGCAUCCCUUAAGGUUGAGAGUGGUGUGACCAAUGGAACAGCUAGGGGUGUUUUUCCUUUUGAUUAUCAUGAACAUUGCAAUGACUCACAGUUUGGAAAGAAUGUCAGCAAGCCUUUUAUGCAAAGUUGCUGCUCCCAAAGAAACUGGUCACUUGACAGGGAGUUGGUUGAAAUCGAUGCAGGAAUUGAAUCACCAAAUGAUAGCUUUAAGACCAAAAAGACGCAGGUGUGCUCAAAUGAAAGGUUCAAUGCGCUGGAUAUUGAUUUCAGUGACCGGAUAUUUGAUCACCUUACAAGGACCAUGUGGCAGGAUGGAGAAUCAUGUGGUCAAUUCUAUCCCAAACUUGUAAGAAAAUGUGGUAUUCCUAGAGAUUGGGAUGUUCUAACAAGAGCUUCUGCAAAGUUGUUCUUGUCAUCUGGAAGUGAUCUUUCUGUUGAAGAGAUUGACCUUCCAUCUGAUUUGGUCACAGUAGCGGAAAACUCUGGCUCUGAUCAUCAGUCCUUAAGUACUGAAUGGUGGUCAGGAACCUCAAAUCCCUUUGAGGAAUUUGGUUAUAAAAGUGCAACUGAAGGGAGCUUCAGAUCUGAAGAAAGGGCUCAAUUUGGGCAUUUCUCUGAUGGUGAAGACAAGGACUAUCAAUUUUGUUUUGAUCUAAUCUCAAGGAGCUCCAACCAAGAAAAAUGCAUCUGUGAUUGCCCAAACAAAGGACUAGAAGUUGACUAUACCAAAUCUUAUAGAGAUUUUCGUAAAUUCCUUCGACAAUACAAUCUAAAUCAUAAAUUUUCUCCAGAACAUUCAAAUGUAGUAAUUGAAGAGAGAGAUCGGUUGUGUCCAUACUCAAGUAUUAAUGAACAUAAAAGACAAAGAGAUUGGUUUCAAUAUCAAGAUUUUGGACAAAAUCCUAUUCCCAAAGAAAGAUCCAGAAGAAGCCAGUCAGCUCCUCCAUUUUACAGCCACAAGAGGAGGUUUAUCUCCUUACAUCAGUGUUUGCUGACAGCAUCAGGGGAAUCCACUUCUAAUGAAGUCCAUGGUCUAUGUACUUCUUUAGAGACUGGUGAGAAGAAGGCUCCACGGCAAUCUUCUGGUGUGGACAAUCAACGUUUAGAACCAAGUUUUGGAAAGAAUGGAUCAAAUAUGAAAAACAAGCCAGAUAUGGUGUUUGGCACUAUAGUUCAAAAAUGUGAAGACAUUGAACAACCUGAUUGCCCAGAGGGUCCUGAACCUCUUCCAGUGCAAGUAUUUACCUCAAAGGGAAAUCAGGAUCCCUCAAAUUCUGGAACCAAAUGGCGGAAUGGUUUGGUACAGAGCACAGGCAACUGCAAAUUAUGUGAUAUUGACAACAAAGAUAAUUUACUUGACAUCACUUCUGGAGUCCUUUAUCUUGCCACUGACUCAUUGGUUCCUAAAUCUAUCAAUAAAAAGUGUCUCAGAGAUGCCAAGAUUCUGCAACAAAUUGAUAAAAAAUUUAUCCCAGUUGUAGCUGGUGGAACACUUGCUAUUAUUGAUCAGCAUGCUGCAGAUGAAAGAAUUCGACUAGAAGAACUUCGUCAAAAGGUUUUAUCUGGGGAAGGGAAGACAAUCACCUAUUUGGAUACAGAGCAAGGGCUGAUCCUGCCAGAGAUUGGGUAUCAAUUACUGCACAAUUAUUCUGAGCAAAUAAGAAAUUGGGGUUGGAUCUGUAACAUUCACACCCAAGAUUCAAGGCCCUUCAAGAAGAAUUUGAACCUCGUUCAUCGUGAGCCACCAGUUGUCAUACUUCUUGCAGUACCCUGCAUUUUAGGUGUCAGUUUAUCUGAUGUUGAUCUCUUAGAAUUUCUUCACCAGCUUGCUGAGACAGAUGGAUCAUCAACAAUGCCCCCAUCAAUUAGUCGAAUUCUUAAUUUCAAAGCGUGCAGAGGUGCAAUUAUGUUUGGAGACUCCUUGCUACCUUCAGAAUGUUCCUUAAUUGUGGAAGAGCUAAAGCAGACCUCCCUGUGCUUCCAAUGUGCUCAUGGGCGACCAACUACUGUCCCGAUUGUGAAUUUGGAGGCAUUGCAUAGGCAGGUAGCCAAGAUGCAAGUGAAGGAUGAUGAUCCAAGGGAGUUGUGGCGUGGGCUAUGUCGACAUAGAGUCAGCCUUGAACGAGCCAACUUGCGCUUAAAUGCAGCAGGAGGUUAGCUCAUUGAACGAAGUUGUGGCAAGUGACAAUCCACAUUAUAAUAAACUUGUCUAAAUGUGAUUCGAGCGAGUGUUGGACUCUACUUCCCUGAUUUCGUGCCUGCGAGAAGUUAGCAUCGAUGAGAAGCCAAAUUGCUUUCACAGAAGCAGUGUCAUUGGAUUGUUGACCAAUUCCUUGUAUGAUCAUUCUUUUUCUUUUUUCCUUUUAAUAAAAACAAUGGGUGCAAUGAAUCAUUUUUUUCUCUGAUGUAUUCUGACCUCAUAUGGUAGUAUUAAUCAAUUGGCUAUUGGUGCUGAACUAUACUAUUUGAUAGGGGGUGUAUAUACUGAAAGCAGUAACUUUUCCAUCCAUUAAAAAUUUCGAAAUGAACCAGCAAUCCGGCAUUAAGGAAACUUUGGUCUUAACAUCUGAGCAUUUCCGUUCAGUUUCAUUGUAAUUGUAAACCAUACCUUGGGGCGAAAAUGAUGCAAGAUUCACUUCUAUUAUUUAUGGACACAACUGUGCCAGAACCAACCCUUUUUAACUGAAUCAGAUAUCUAUAAAUGACAAAAUCC